UCACGCCAAACAUGUCAUCGCAACCACUCGUCAGUCGUCUCACCCAGAGUUGGAUCAAUGAAAGAGACAAACACCCGAAUAGACUCCAUGUCCUGCAACUGGAGGGCACUAAUUAUAACAGUUUCCCGCAGUUUGUCAAACAAGUGGAGGCCAUAGUGGGUGACCAGGGGUUAGAUACCCUUAUAAAUAACGCGGGAAUGGGUGUUCCGGGUUCUUUAGAUUCUGUGACCGCUGAGGAUAUGCUUAAGAAUUUUGAAGUGAAUUCUGUGGCACCGCUUAUGUUAACCAAAGCAUUGCUGCCAUUGCUUAAGGUAUCAGCGGCCAGAGGAAAGACAUCCGUAAUUAACAUAUCAUCCAGUAUUGGAUCCAUGAGCGUUGAGGUCCCGGAGAUCUAUACGAGAGAGAUAUAUCCCUACUGUACGAGUAAAGCAGCCCUCAAUAUGAUCACCAAACGUCUGUCGGUUGAUCUCAAGCCUCAUGGCAUACAUGUGAUCAGUAUAUGUCCGGGUCAUCUGAAAACAGAUAUGGGUGGACCUAACGGAGCGGAAGUGAGCACCGGUGUGUCGGGCGCCAAUCGGGGCAUUGGACUCGAGUUAGUCCGACAGGUGUUGACCACAACUCACGCCAAACAUGUCAUCGCAACCACUCGUCAGUCGUCUCACCCAGAGUUGGAUCAACUCAGAGACAAACACCCGAAUAGACUCCAUGUCCUGCAA